AGAAAUGGUCAAGAUCCGUUUGAAUGCCUGUUGCUUCUGCAUCAGUCUUCGACGUGGAUGCAUUGGAAUUGCCUUCUUCGAUGUUAUAGUCAAUUUGGUGAUUAUCCUAUUGGGCCCUCAAGAACUCAUCUCACAGCCAGAGCGAGCUGUGUGCAUCUGCCACUGCAUCGGAUGUGUGAUGUUGUUGUUGGGCGCGUUUAUUCAGUCAACAGUGCUAUUGGUGUUCUAUCUAAUCACCAGCUUCGUCAAUACGGCCAUUUUAAUCAUCUGCUUCAUCAUACAAACAGUUAGUAACCUAUCGGUACGCUUUCAUGUUCUCAUUUUUGUAGUCGUUUUAACUGCAAUUAACGUUUACUUUUAUAUUAUUGCGUAUUCGUAUUAUCAGCAAGUAAACACGCCCUUCGAAGAAGAUGACGAGGCCUGAACUUAUCU